AUCUUUGCGAAAAUUAUAUAUAGCAGAGAUGUAAAGAUUGAAGACAUAAAUAAGCCAAUAUUUCUAAUAGCUUCUCUGGUCGGCUUGACACCACACAGCGUAAAAUUUUCUAAAUCGAAACAAAUUUUUACAGUCAUACCAAAAUCCAUAUAUUUAAAUUCGUUAUGCAGUUUUACUGUAAUGUUGAUUUUGAUUUUAUUUGGAUUCUUUCACGUUCGUGAUGUGCUAUUUUCUGCAGAAAAACCCCAAUUCAAUAACGAAGUAACAACGCAGUUAAAUUACAUUCUGGAGUUUACGAAUUUUGAUUUGUUCUGUACCAUAGCUUAUGUUUGUGCUUUUAUAAAUCGUGCCAGAUACGUUCGCAUUUUAAAUAUGAUAGUCUCAACAUGGAAAAGAAUACCAUCUUCAAAGAAAUCACGACUCAUUUUAGAAGACUUGUAUCUAAAGAGAAAUUUAACGCUUAUAGGCAUAUGCCUAACUAUAAUUGCCCAGUUAAGUAUAAAUUUAUCAAGAAAGGAAGGAGCGUGGAAGAGGCUAUUAGUGAUAUUUACGUUUAAUAUACCACAAACAAUACAAUUUAUUUUACACGCACUGUAUACCAUGUUGGUCAUAACAGUAACUGCCAUUUUAAGAAAUAUCAACGCGCAUUGUAAAUUUACGGAUAAUGAGGAACAUUCGAAGGAUUCAACAUUUUAUGAAGUAAAACCAAAAGUGAAAAAGAUGACGCUAAGACAAAUGGAAUUAGUAUACAUGAGAGUGUUCGAUAUGAAAAUUGAUAUUAAUAAAACGUUCGAAGGUCCAAUGUUGGUUUCAAUAAUGCAGAGUUUUCAUGCUUUGGUUAGCGAGGCGCAUAUAUUAUAUCAUGGAAUAGUUGUUGAUAGAGACUUAACUCUGCAUGAACUAUUUAAUUGCUUUUCCUGGAUUUCUUAUCAACUUAUAAAAUUGUUUUCUCUAGCCUACUCUGGUAGUGCUCUGAAACUUGAGGCGAUAAAAACCGGGCAGUUUUUACAUUGUAUUCCCACAGAAAACAAAGAUUUACGGUGGCUUAUGGAGGUUCAACAUUUUUCAACACUUCUUAAAUAUAAGUCUGUAGAAAUCGACUUAUACGGUUUCUUUCCUAUAGAUGCCACCCUUUUAUUUAAUAUUUUCGCCUCUGCAACAAUGUAUUUAAUUAUUUUAGUACAAUUUGACAGUCGUCAUUAG